GUUAAUUUCUACAUCGCCGUCGUCGUCGUCGUCGUCGUCGCAGGCACUUGACUGUGCUAAUGGGCGAAAGGGAAAAAGUGAGGCCUGCAUAAAUUGUUUCACCAUCGCCAACAUAAUGCGAAUGGCACAAUAACUUUCGUGUGUGCGUCGAAGGAAACGGUAUCAAAUUUGGGUGCGUUAACUAUUCCCCUGCGUGAAAGCAGACUGCACAGUGGUGAAAAGUUAUCCGAGAACAGUUCUGCUCCGUUCUAUUGUUUUGUGUCUAUCCACCAGUUCCUUUUUUCCAUUCGGGGUGUGUAAUUUCCGUGUGUGUUCAGCUGUGAAACAAACCUGCGCUCGACGUAACUUUACAACGCGUUACGCGGUGGGUUACACUUGUGCCACUCACAUCAUCCCUUCCAGUUCAGUUUGUUUUGUGGGCCAAAGUAUGUGAUUGUUUUGUUCCUAGCGGGUUUAGAUACGGUUCAGUGGCGAAGGGUUGGAGAACCUACAUACACGUAUGUACAAUUCGUGCAGCGUAGCUCUGAUUUAGUCCGCAUUCGAUUACUUCCAUUGGUUGGUGCUUGGAAAAGAAAGCUGGCCGCCGUUCAGAGGAAAGGAGCAUAAAAACCCUUCAGAAUGUCUGUAACAUUUGAGCAGAUUAUACUCGACGCUAAGCGCAUUGCCAAUCGGCUCAAAGACCGAGAGGCCCUAGGAGAUGCACUGCUGCUGGAAUCGGAAUCAGUAAACAAGCACAUCGAAUCGAUGCGUCAGUUCCAGGAUGAUAUCGACAUACUGAACAAAUUGGCACGUGAUCGCUCCAACAACCAGCUGAUAACGAUCAUCCACCAGGAGAAUCCACAGAUCCGCGAGAUACAGCAAGAGAACCGUCUGUUGAAGGCAGCGCUGGAAGACCAUCAGCACGCACUAGAGCACAUCAUGUCCAAAUACCGAGAGCACACGCAAGCGAAAAUUCUCAACACGAAGGUCAACUUUGUGGAAGCAUUCACACGCCACCACCGGUCGGCCGACAUCGAGCGACGCGACGAGCUGAUCCGGCAGCAGACGGCCAAGAUACAGGAAAUGGCCGCUGUUAUGCAGCGCGUCUCGCAGAUGGAUGAGGAAAAGGUCAACCAAGAGCAGGAGGUGUUGAGUAAGUUGAUGACCGAAAAUAAGGGACUGCGGGAGCUGUUGGAAAUAUCGCGCAAGUACGGUUCUGGCGGCCAGAAGAUGCUGGUCGACGAUAAAUCAACCCAAACCGAUAGCUAUCUUUUGGAUGGUUUGAUUGAAGCGGCCGUUACGGCAAGGGCAAACGUAUCGAAGCAAACACCAGCACCGGUAUCAUCGUCACCACCAUCACCACCACAGUCUGCAACCGUACCUACGUCCGGGCCCGCAACCGUACAGUCUGGAGCGCCAUCCCCGAAUGCAAGCUCAACGAAACCGACCGUCGAUGAUCCUGCACGUUCACCAAACAGCAAGAGCUCCGUUGCAAGUCCAUCAACAGUCAGUAAUGGGGUGGCAACGACUUCCCCGAGCGCACCAUCUGCGGCGGCAGCCCCAGCUAGCACUACUACCGUGGCAACCUCUUCAACUUCGUGACGUGAUUCGGGUGAAUGUCAGGUAUCGGUUUUGUUCUGCUGCCAAUCGGCCCUACUGUAGGAUGCGUCGAUGAUCGAGUUGCGUUUCAUGCGAUUAACGGUACGACUCACAAAGAAAUAGACACACGGCGAGAAUUAUUAAAACAAUCUUUCGAACAAAAAGGGCUAGCAUUGGGUGACCAUAUCUCGAAACUGGGGGAAGGUUUACAGAACACACCAUUUGCACAUCCAUUGCACGAUCAUUCGAUCACCCAUAUGCGAUUUUGUUUGUUGUUGUUUGCCUAUGUUUGUGUCGUAUUUAUAUGUACGCAUUGAUUCGCUCCACUGUCUGACGCACGCAAUGGAAUGCGCAAACAAAACAAAAAUAAUAUACUGCACUCUUUCACUAUCGGCAAAUUCCUUUUUAGUCAUCAUUUUAGAGAGGAAAUGUAGGAAAAAAUUUAAAAAAAAUCAUCGAGUUGUGGAAAAAACUGUCGAACAUAAUGCAUUUUUCGUACGACAAGCAGUUUUCAUAAGCAUUACGUAUGCAAUUUAGACUGUUACACUGAGGGCUCAACAAAAAAACAUUACCGACAUUGAGUUCUGGGUCUUGUGGGGUAAGAGUAGAAAUGCAGAGUGCAAUAGUCGCUUUGUAAUUUGUUUUUCUUUUGCAUAAAUGUUUGUUUUUGUUUAUUAUUAGCACCUUAAGCACCAUUGAAAGAGGAGCUUGACUCGCAAAUGAAUGUUCGAACCUGUUGAACGGAGAACAUCGUCGCUCCACACAAUGUGCAACCAAGAGAUCGAGGCUUUUCCUUAAUCGCGUGUUUAGUUUAGUAAAUUGUCGUUGAAUGUUGACAAGAGAGAAAAAAACAAACCCCCUAAAGGAGAAAAGAAUGCAAAGUGUACGUAUCAUUUUCGUGUAUUUUGUAUUUUUUGUCCUUUAAGAAGCGCUCAUCGACAGUUCCAUUUAGUUUCCUGCUUCGUCCUCACAAAUCUGAGUGCAGUGUCACUCUAUUCUCGUCAAUCGCCAAAUAAAUACGGAAAAUUAAAACGCACACUCUCGCCUACGGAAAUGAGGCCGGCGACAAAAGAGUUUAAAAGAAAUCACUUGAAUAAAUACUACUAAACAUUAACACAUACAACGCUUGCUGUUCCCUUUUCCUGUUCGUCGUCCAUGCGUAUCGUACCAUGCGCGGGGUU